CAAGCGUAACUUGCAGGUCAAGGAGAACUGUGGGAUAUAUGACGAUUGUAAUGAAGCGGAAUUAAGCCAUGUUUAUGUAGUAAUUCAAUAAGGGUUGUACUUAAAUAAAUGCAGUUUUUACUCAUAUUACUGACUUUCUGUACGGCAACAUGAAUUUAUUAGUUUUCAAGUAAAAAAAAAAAUUUAUUUUUAUUUUCCUGCCUUGGGCAGAUAUGCCGCAUUUUACGGGAACAUUGAAGUUGAAGAUAUGUGAAGCGGUGGAUUUACGUCCGACAGAAUUUGCUACUAGACUUCAAAAUGUUGUAGGGAAACAACAGCCCAUGUUAAUUGACCCUUACGUAGCAGUUGAUGUGGAUGAAAUUCAUGUAGAUCGCUCAUCUACUAAACAGAAGACUUUUAAACCUGUCUGGAAUGAAUUCUUCACAACUGAGGUUCAUAAUGGACAGAAUUUGGGUUUAACUGUUUUUCAUGAUGCUGCGAUACCGCCUGAUGAUUUUGUAGCUAAUUGUAACAUUUCAUUUGACGAGCUUCUGAAUUCAGCAAAGGAGUCCGGAAAAAAUGAAUCCGAUGUUUGGAUUGAUUUGGAACCUGGUGGGAAAAUUCAUGUUGUUAUUGAACUUAUUCCUCAAGAAAAUGCUACUCAGAAACCUAAGGUUUUUAAAGAAAGGCAAGGACUCAAUAGGCGGAGAGGAGCUAUGCGACGACGUGUUCAUCAAGUCAAUGGACAUAAAUUUAUGGCUACAAUUCUUAGGCAACCUACUUUUUGUUCUCACUGUAGAGAAUUUAUAUGGGGUAUUGGUAAACAAGGCUACCAAUGUCAAGUGUGCACGUGUGUGGUCCAUAAACGAUGUCACGAAUUUGUUGUUACUAAAUGUCCAGGUUCCAGAGAUGCUACGGCAGAUGAAGUGGCUGGUGGUAGCGGCAGUAGAUUCAACAUAAACAUCCCUCAUCGUUUUACUGUUCAUAACUACAAACGACCUACAUUUUGUGAUCAUUGUGGAUCCAUGCUCUAUGGGUUAUUCCGCCAAGGUUUGCAGUGUGAAGCUUGUAGUAUGAAUGUUCACAAACGUUGUCAGAAGAAUGUUGCCAAUAAUUGUGGGAUAAACCCAAAACAAAUGGCUGAAAUAUUGAGUGCUCUUGGUUUCUCAAGUGAUAAACUAGGUAAACCUCCGUGUAGGAAAAAAAAGCCAUCUAUUAGUGAAUCUCCUAAUAAGCUGGGACAGAUGCCUGAGAGGUCGCAUACGUCUCCACUUCCUUCAGAUUUGGAUUCUCAAGAGUAUUCUUCUGGUGACCCUUCAGGGAAGUAUGGAGAUAUGCUUGGAAAGUUUCAGAGUUUCUUUCCAAGCAAUCGUACGGGAGAAAUUACGCCUGGUGAUAAAGACAGACCCAAAAGAUUAGGAUUAGAGGAUUUUACAUUUAUUAAAGUUUUAGGCAAAGGAAGCUUUGGAAAAGUAUUAUUAGCAGAGAAGAAAGGCACUGAUGAAGUUUAUGCAGUUAAAGUACUUAAAAAAGAUGUCAUAUUGCAAGAUGAUGAUGUAGACUGUACAAUGACUGAAAAAAGGAUUCUUACAUUAUCUGCCAAACAUCCAUUUUUAACUGCACUUCAUUGUUGCUAUCAAACAGAAGAUCGUUUGUUCUUUGUUAUGGAGUAUGUUAAUGGAGGUGAUCUUAUGUUUCAAAUUCAGAAAGCCAGAAAGUUUGAUGAACCUCGAGCAAGAUUUUAUGCAUCAGAAGUAACUUUAGCAUUGAUGUUCCUGCAUCGUAAUGGGGUUAUUUAUAGGGAUCUAAAACUAGACAACAUACUACUAGAUAGUGAAGGUCAUUGUAAGAUUGCUGAUUUUGGAAUGUGUAAAGAAGGUAUUAUUGACGGAAAUACUACUACAACCUUUUGUGGUACACCUGAUUACAUAGCUCCUGAGAUUCUUCAAGAACUUGAGUAUGGCCCUUCUGUUGACUGGUGGGCUUUAGGUGUACUUAUGUAUGAAAUGAUGGCUGGCCAACCUCCGUUUGAGGCUGAUAAUGAAGAUGAUUUGUUUGAAAGUAUCCUUCAUGAUGAUGUUUUAUAUCCAGUAUGGUUAAGUAAAGAAGCUGUAUCCAUAUUAAAAGGAUUUAUGACAAAAAAUCCAGCCAAGCGUCUAGGAUGUGUAGCUUCUCAGGGCUAUGAGGAAGCCAUAUUACAUCAUGCAUUUUUUAAAGAUGUAGAUUGGGCUGCUCUAGAAGCACGUAAAGUUAAGCCACCAUUUAGACCAAAAAUUAAAACUAAAAGAGAUGUGAACAAUUUUGAUCAAGAUUUUACAAAGGAGGAGCCAGUUUUGACACCAGUCUCUUCAGAGGUUUUGAGGAAUAUCAAUCAAGAAGAAUUUCGAGGAUUCUCCUUUGUUAAUGAAGAUUACAAUCCUGCCAAAUUUGUAUGUGAUGGUCCUGCUACAUAGUGUAUGGUACUAACUGUGUAGAGUGAAUCCUGAUCCUUUAUUGUUGUGUGAUUUGUCUAGUCAUUAGUUUUGUAUCUGUACCACCUCUUCAUCUAUAGUUCAGGUUUGCCUCUGCACAUGUGUAUUAAUUCAUAGACAAACUGAAAUAGGUUCUUCUUCACGUUGUUACAAGUGUUCCAUCAUUAUUUAUUUUCUAAGAACUGUGCUGCAUGUCUUAGCUAUUUAUGAAUUUGUAAGGUUGUGUAUUUAUUUUUAAAUUGAUUUUGUAAGUUAUGUUCACACAAAUAAUUUUAAAAUGAGUUUCAUCAGUGCAAUUUAUACCCAAUAGUCUUAUGGGCUAAAUAAGCAAAUUGAUUCUGUCGCUUAUAACUAGCCCGUUCAUUCAUAGUUAAGCAAUCAGUGAAUUCAGUGUUGUUAUAUUAAUGACAUUAGAUAGGAGCUGUUGGCUCCUGUAGAGAUGCUGCAUUCCUUCUCUGUGAAGCAGAAUGUGGUAAUAUUGCCUCAAAACUUAUAAAUAUUCCUGAAAAUGUGCGAUUUAUUAUAUGCAAUUUAUAGAUAAUUUAUUGAAGCUGUUUAUGGGAACAAAAAGAAAAAUUAAUUUGGAAAAGCCUGUGAAUUAUUAUGCUGAAUAUUUUCUUAGGUAAAAUACUGGGGACUUAAUUGUAAUGAAAUUAUCACAUUUUCAUAAGUAUGUUUCUUACAUUAUUCUACUAUAACAUUUAAUAUUAGUCAUUAUAAUGUGGAUAAAAAUGUAUAUAUAUUAUAUAUAUAUGUAUGUGGUUGUUGUACGUGUAUACACACAUAUAUACCAAUAAUAAAUGUUCCAAUAAUGAAGGAACUUCUAAAUUUUAUCUUUAUGUACUGAUAUUUAAUAGUGGUUUCAGUUUUAUCUGCUUUGUAUUUAAGACAAAAUCGGAAAAUUUGUUUGGGGAGGGGAACAUUUUUAGCGGUGUUUUAGUGUUAUUUUUAAAUUCAUUGUUAUGAUAUUGCAAAGUUUUUUAAUGCUUUUAAAUAAUGUCAUAAGAGUAAUUGAUGAGGGUUGUAUUCUUUCAGCUUUAUUUUUCAUAGGGAACAUUUUUCAUUCAUUUGAACAAAGAAUUCCCUUUUAUUUUGUGCAAUAUGCUAUAAACCAGUGGUCUCAAACAUGAAUUGCAUGCAGGCCACAGGCACAAUCUGAAAACAACUGAAGGACCAGAUUUUUUUUUUUUUUUUUUCCCCAACAAAGUGAAGAAAUUUUUAAACAAAAUUUUUAAAAAUUAAACUAAGUUUUAAAUUUCGCUUAUUAAAUGUUUAUUAAAACAAU